UCUUGCAUAAACCUCUGACUUUGGAAAGUAUUUUGAUCAACCUUACCUCAAUCUUUGCUAAACGAUUUCUAACUUUUGUACAUAUGGGAAAUCUGAAAGUCAUCUUGUUUGUAUUCCUGCAGUUUCUGGUCGUAAAUGCAAGAAAUCAUUGCCAAACUCAAUUCUGUGGCAGCAAUUCCUUUGAAGUGAGAUUUCCUUUCCAGUUACAAGGCGAACAACUCCAAAACUGUGGCUAUCCGGGUUUUGUCCUGAAUUGCAGUAUCCAAAGAAACAAAGCUGUACUCAACAUUCCUUACUCAGGAGAUUUUCUUGUCCGGGAUAUCGACUACCUCAAGCAAGAAAUCCAGCUCUACGAUCCAAAUGAUUGCCUUCCAUGGCGGCUUAUGGACUUCAACCUUUCGUCAUCCCCUUUUAUGGCAGAUUAUUAUCGGAACUAUACUUUCCUUAGCUGUCCUUCAGAUUAUACGAUAUCCCAGAUCACUACCAUUAACUGCCUUAGCAAUUCUACAGUAUCUGUGUUGGCAACUUCUUCAAUGAAUCUUGCCAGGGCUAUGAACAUGUGCAGUGUAAUUGUUACUUUGCCAAUCCCAGUUUCAUUGCCAUUUCAGAAUCAGGGAUUUUCAUCUGACCUCAAUGAUGAUCUUAAAUUAACAUGGAAUAUUCCUGAUUGUAUAGAUUGUGAAGUGAAAGGUGGUACUUGUGGGUUUGAGAACAGCAGCAGCAGGGUAAUUCAAUGUUUUUCGGAUCCCGGAACAGGUAAAACACGGGGUCUGCAAAUUUUCAAAAUCAUUGCCUUGUCCAUAGUUAUACCGGCCAUCACAUGUUCAUUUGUUAUAUCAUGCUUCAUGUGCCUGAUGGACCGUGGACGUCGGGCUGAUGCUGCAGCUCGAAAUGCAGCCACAGCUACGGCUACAGUAACACCACAAUCUGCGGCAGUUGUAGCUGGCCUUGAUGACUCUAUUAUUGAAUCCUACACAAAAGUAGUUAUCGGAGAAAGUCGACGCCUCCCGGGGCCUAAUGGUGUCACUUGCCCAAUAUGCCUUGUGGAUUACAAUCCCAAGGAUACACUUAGGUGCAUACCUCAGUGUGAACAUUGCUUCCAUUCUGAGUGCAUUGAUGAAUGGUUGAGGAUGAACGGUACUUGUCCAGUUUGCAGAAAUUCGCCUUCCCCGGCUCAUCCUACUACUUGAAAGGGUAUUUUUGUUAUGUAGCAGUGAGCAACGCAUGAAAAAUUCAAAAAAUGUUUUCAACUCAAGGAAUUCGUCCUUUUUCCUUUUGAAAAAAUAAACAUCUUCAAGUACUGCAAAAUUUUCAUUUACUUUGUAAACCUUCAUUCUUUUGUACAUAUUCUCAGUUGUCAUACCAUAUGAUUCCUGCUCUAUAUACAUAAUAUUUUUCAUGUCUUCCGGGCAAUCAAAACCAAGCAAUUCUGAAGCCGGUGCAUGCCUCUGACGAUGGCUUCCUCUGAGAACAGAUCUCCUUUGCCCUCGUUUGAUUACAAAGAGUCUGCCUCUGCUCAUGGAAGAGUCAAAGCUGUAUAGCUAGGACGUAAGCUUUUUGCAUUAUGUACUGGAAAUUAACUUCAUAAUCCAUAAUCCUGGAACUCCACCUUUUUGCAUUUAGUCGAAAAUUGAUUACAGGUUUUCUAA